AUGGUUAGGAGGAAUUAUGUUGCGAUUGCUGCUGCUUUGGAAGCAAUGGCUCAAGCUUUGAAACAUCAGCCAAUUUUUGGUGAGAAUUCUGCUUCUCGCAAUUUGGCUACCUUCUUAAGGGAGAAUCCGCCAUUGUUCAAGAGAACUCAUGAUCCUGAUGGCGCAUUGACAUGGCUAAAGGAGAUUGAGAGAAUCUUCCGUGUGAUGGAUUAUACUCCAUAUCAGAAGGUUUGGCAUGGGACUCAUAUGCUAGCAGUCAAAGCUGAUGGCUGGUGUCUAGAGACUCGUCAGAGAUUGGAGGUUGUAGGUGAGAUCACUUGGGUUGUGUUCCGUAGGGAGUUCUUGAGGAAGUACUUUCCUGAGGACGUCCGUGGAAAGAAGAAAAUCGAAUUUCUUGAGUUGAGAAAAGGGAAUCAGUCGAUUGUUGAAUAUGCUGCUAAGUUUGGAGAGUUGGGUAAGUUUUACCAACAUUAUGAUGGACCAGAUGGUGAAUUUUCUAAGUGUAUCAAAGAGGUUUACCGAGUUGAAGAAGAGAUUGACAUCGGCACCGAUUUUGAUAUAGCCAAAUUCGGAAGAAUGUUUGUAGUUUAUUGUGAUGCUUCUAAGAUGGGAUUAGGAGGUGUGCUCAUGAAAAAUGAUAAGGUUGUUGCUUAUGGGUCGAGGCAGUUAAGAGAUCAUGAGAAGAACUAUCCUACGCAUGAUUUAGAGCUUGCUGCUAUUGUGUUUGUAUUGAAUAUUUGGAGGCAUUAUCUCUAUGGAAAAGCUAAUGUUGUGGCCGAUGCCUUGAGUCGAAAUACGUUGCAUAUGUCGGCUAUGAUGAUUAAUAAUGAUUUUCUGGAUAAUAUCGGAGAAGCUCAGAAGUUGGAUGUGAAAUUGGUAAAUUCGAUGGUUAGAAUCGAUCAAGCUGAGAGUGAUGAUUUUAAGUUGGAUGCGCAAGGUGUGUUGAGAUUCCCUAAUCGGAUUUGUAUUCCUGAUGAUGUGGAUUUGAAGAGAGCGAUUCUUGAAGAAGGUCACAGAAGGGAUAAUCUCACGGUGGAAACUAUGCCAGUAAGGAUUGAGGAUUGCGAGACGAAGACGCUUAGAGGCAAAAAGAUUACUUUGGUGAAGGUAGUUUGGUCGGGAGCUACCAGAGAGUUUGAUGUGGUAGUUGGAAAGCAAGAUGCGAGAGUCAUAUCCUGA